AUGGCGUCACCGAACUCGUCGACGAUAUUGGAAAUGAUCAGCAAAGGAAUCGUAGGCGUCGACAGCGCUGGUGGCGCCGUUGCCGCAACCGUGACGGCCAUCUUCAACUGCACCCCGGACGUUGAGUCCUCGACGUCGGCCGGUCCGAGGCGAGGCAUGUCUUCCAGGCGCCAUCGCGUCGAUGCCGUUCCUGACCAUCCUUCGAUGGCCAUUCAGGUGCUGGAUUUCCUCAACGCCACCUACAUGCCGGCCGUCAUCUACCUGGGACUCGUCGGCAACGUCCUCUCUCUCAUCAUCUUUCUCUUCACCAAGUUGAGGAGCCGUACGUCCAGUCUAUACAUGGGAGCCCUGGCUGUUUCUGACUCGGGCUUUCUCAUCGUACUUUCAUUCGCCUGGCUGAACGAACGUGGUAUCAAUGUGUACCAGCACGGGCUCUGUCUCGUCACCGUAUUCUUCACCUCUGUCUUCGCCUGCUGGUCCGUGUGGUUGACGGUGAGCUUUACGGCGGAGAGGUUCGUGGCAGUACGUUACCCUCUCUGGAAGCUGCAGGCUAGCUCUCCCAGCAGGAGACCGCGCCUCGUAAUAGGCGCCACUGCGUUUCUCAGCUUGGCGCUCAACGCUCCGUUGUUGCUGAUCGUGCGAGUCGGCGACGGAGAGCACUCGGACUGCAGCCUUCACCCCGAGUACGAGAGUGUACUGUACUACCUGAACAUCCUGGACACGGUGGUCACCUUUAUCGUGCCGUUUCUGCUGAUCACGUUCAUGAACUUCAUGAUCGCCCGGGCCAUAUACCUGUUCUACCUUCGCUACAAGAAGCAGCGUAGCGUACCUGACAUCCAGAUAAACUGCCAGGAUUCCAGUGAGUCUUCCUCAUGCCUUGCUAUACCUGUUACAGUCGACAAGGAGUGCACCGUGCUAUGUUUCAAUAGCGACGGCACGGUAACGGCGACCAGAGGAGGAGGAAUAGCUCAUGCCACUCAGAUCAGCAUUACGCGCAUGCUCCUGCUGGUGUCGACGGUCUUCAUUCUUCUCAACCUCCCGAGCUACGUCAUGAGAAUCUACGUGUUCCUGCUGUCUCUGGGACACUCGGAGCUUCAGGACGCCGAACACAACUCCCAGCCCUACGUGCUGCAGCGCUACUUCAUGCUGCUGUACUACACCAACUUCGCCAUCAACUUUGUUCUCUACAACGCCAGCUCCCGGAUGUUCCGGGUGACGUUGUGCGAGUACAUGCAGGGCAGGUGGGACGCACUGCGGGAGUCCAUGGUUUCGUGGCGUCCGUGUACCAAGACUCGGCUCGAAAACCGAAGCUGUAUAUGGCUCACGUGA